AUGGAGAAUAAUAAUAAUAUAGAUAAUCAAAAGUUUAAAGGGAAAUGGAAAAAGUUGAAAUACAAAUUUAAAAAAUUAAAUAAUAAUAACACAACAAAUAAUAAUAGUGAUAAUAAUGUUGAAAAAUAUCGAUGGAGUCAAUCAUCUAUCAAAAAUAAUUUAGUUGGUCAAAUCUUAACUACCACUACCACCGCCAAUGACUCUGAAACAAUCAAAGAAGGAAUCAAUUUAAAUGAAUUACCAAUUGAAUUGAUUAAAAAGAUUAUUGAAAAUUGUUUGUCUUUGCGAGCAAGUGCAAGUGGAAAUACGACAACACUACUGGAAAUUGUUGAUCAUCCAAUGUCAGACCCAAUGUUUAUGGCAUUGGUAACGACAUGUAGAUUAUGGAGAGUUUUGGCGACAUCGGUCAUCGAGUCAUUCAAAUUGGAUAGACCGUCACGGCUACCUAGCCCACUCAAACUACAACAACUCAAGCGGUUCAGAGGACUAAAGACAAUCAAUAUAUUGGGUGGCGAUGCAUUGGGUUGUUUUCACAUCAAUGUAUUGUGCGAUGUGAUUGUCAAUACAAACUUUCAUCUCGAACGUAUCAACCUCUUUUCCAACAAGAUUGGCGAUAGUGGGUUGGUGCGAUUGGCAAAGGCACUCGAUUUAAAUAAUAAUGUUUCAGCAACAAUACAACCACCAUUAUUACAACAACAUGCAUCAACCUCCAAUUUAUUUGCUCCAAUGGCAGCGACAAGAGGACUAACCUUGACAAAUACUUUUAUUUUAACAAAUUUGACUAUUCAUACUGAUGGUCGUCUUAUUUAUUUAAAUAGAAAUAAACUUUAA